ACAUUGAUCGAUUUGGGGGAGACAAUAAACGGAUUACUAUCAUCGGUGAAAGUGCUGGGUCGGCAGCAGUUCAUUUCCACAUGUUAUCGACUGAAUCCAGAAAAUAUUUUCACAAUGCAAUCGCCAUGAGUGGUGUAAUUGGAAACUAUUGGGCCAUGUCGGAACAUAACGAUCAUUUGGAUAUAGCACACAAGAUUGCCGGUGAUUUGGAUGAACCAAAAAACAGCUAUGAGGAUUUAUUGGCUUUUUUGAAAUCUGCUCCGGCUGACAAAAUAAGUGAAUACAGUAAAAUUUUGUUACCCAAUGCCGUGGCCGUUAUUCAAUUCACGCCAGUUGUCGAAAGAAGAGAUGCAAUUCAACCUUUCUUGGUUGAAUCACCAGAAAAAGUCUAUGAAACGCAAAACUUUGACUUUGAUGUAUUGUUUACAACGACAUCUGUGGAAUUUGCGGGAAUGAUAUCAGCCGUGCCACCUUUGAAGGAUAUAAACAAUGAUUUUAAUUUACAAUUGCCAUUUAGAGGACUUCAACUUGCAAUUGGAUCAGAUAAUUAUCGAAAUUUGACGGCUGAAAUUUUUAAAUUUUAUUUUGGCGAUAAUGAACAAACUGAACGAUCGUUAAAACAAUACAUUACUCUGCUAACGCAUUUAAAUUUUCAAUAUGAAAUUGAUAAAGUGGUGCAAAAACAUGCGAUUAAAUCAAAGAGUAAAACAUUCUAUGCUUGGUUUUCCGUUGAUUCAAAGUUGAAUGUGCAAAAACCUCGUGAUCCAAGUGUUGCUGACAUACAUGGCGCUUCUCAUGCCGAUGAUUUAUUCUAUUUGUUUAAAUCUAACUCGAUCCAAUCACUUUACGACGAAGUUGUAAGCAAUCAAAAUGAUGAACACUCAAAAAUUAGCCUUCAAGCCAUUGAUAAUAUCACCAAAAUAUUUACAAACUUUGCUAAAUACGGUGAAAUAUCACACAAAGGUGAUCCAAUUAGUGAACUCAAACCGGUUAAAAAUGGAGACGUACACUUCCUUAAUAUUAAAAAUGAUGGAUUAGAAGCUGGCCCAAGACCAAACAAAGAGGCUUUCGAUUUUUUGGCCAGCAUUGAAGAGAAAACUCGUAAACUCUCUGACGAUUUAUUAAAACAGAAACGAGACGAACUCUAAGGAAUGCUAUUCCAGAACAUAUUCUAUAAUUUUUUUUAUGCAAACAGCAAUUUUCCUUUGUAAAUUACCUUACGUUUGAACAACAGUCCCUUUCAAAGCUGAAAAUGUAUUUCUUCUUUAACUCUACUUUAAAUCAAUCUAAAAUACAUCAAUGUUUUCUUUCUUAUUGGA